AUGCCGGUGGCCGAUAUGCUAAUAGACAGGGCAGCAGGGCACACGAUACUCAGUUUCCUCGACGCACACUCUGGGUACAACCAAGUACCAAUCAGCAAAGAGGACAUCUCUAAAACAGCCUUCCGAUGCCCCGGGCCGAUUGGAGCGUACGAAUGGGUCGUGAUGCCUUUCGGCUUGAAAAACGCGGGGGCAACAUAUCAGAGAGCGAUGAACAAAAUGUUCAGAGGCCUCGACUGCCUUGAAGUUUACAUCGACGACGUAGUGAUCAAAUCGAAUACCAGUGAAGUCCAUCUGGCCGACCUUCGGAAAGGUUUCGAACGUAUACGAUGUAAUGGGUUGAAGAUGAAUCCUCUGAAAUGCGCGUUCGGUGUUUCGGCUGGAAACUUCUUGGGUUGUAUGCUCGCCCAAGAGGACGAUGGGGUCGAAAGAGCAGUCUACUAUUUGAGCCGAGGACUGACGGACACAGAAAUUCGCUAUACCGACAUAGAAAAAAUGUGUCUAUGCCUAUACUUCACAUGUUGCAAGCUGCGAUAUUAUAUGUUGCUGGUCGUAGUGUACGUAUUAUCCCAGACCGAUAUCAUUAAGUAUAUCUUAUCAAAACCAUACUUAAGAAAUCGGAUUGGGAAAUGGGCGAUUGCUAUGUCCGAAUUUACAUUGGUGUAUGUUCCCCAAAGAGCAGUGAAAGGACAAGUGUUGGCAGAUUUCUUGGCCGAUCACCCUGGCAUUACCCUCAGGGAAGAAACAGUCACGUUUUUUGACAUCGCCAUAUGGGAGAUGUGGUUCGACGGAUCCAGAACAAGCCAGGGAGCAGGCGCCGGAGUACACAUCAUCACCCCCUUGGGGGCAUCCUACCAGUUGUCAUUCAGACUCCAGUUCGAAUGUACCAACAAUCAAGCAGAAUAUGAGGCCCUAAUAUUCGGUUUCGAGAUUUUAGCCGAGCUGGGGGCAAAGGCGAUCAGCGUAAAAGGGGAUUCUUUACUAGUCAUUAAACAAGUGACAGGAGAAUUCAAAUGCGAGUCCGAGCUACUGGUGAGAUAUUGCAACAAGGCGAAACACCUGAUUGAAGACUUUCAAGAUACGAGGAUAGAAUACACAGAGAGGGCCGAUAACAGUGUCGCAAACGACCUAGCUCAGCACGGUAGUGGGUACAAGGUAAACCUCCAGUUCGAUGUUGUAGAGAGGGAGACGCCGAAUCUCCAUACUGGGGGCAUCACUGUCGACGAGAAACAAUUCUCGGUCUACCAGCUGGAUGUUACCAAAGAUUGGAGGGUCGAGCUCCUGAAGUGGUUCGAAAAGCCAGACCCCACGAAUAGAAGGUUGAGAACUUUAGCCCUAAAUUACGUGGUGUUAGCCGGUGAAUUAUAUAAGAAGGGCUUUGAAGGGCUACUCUUCAGGUGUAUCGGCCCAAAAGAAGCGAUGCUUGAAAUGGCCGAAGUACAUGAAGGGAUAGCAGGCGCUCACCACGCGGGCCCUAGAAUGAGGUGGCUGAUUCAUAAAUACGGCUUUUAUUGGCCGAAAAUGGAACAGGAUUGCAUAAGAUAUGCCAAAGGUUGCGAAGCCUUCGACCUAAUAGGGAAGAUAUACCCUGGCUCGUCAGACGGUCAUACUUUUGUAAUUGUCGCCACUUGCUAUUUUACCAAAUGGGUCGAAGCUAAGCCCUUGAAGUCGCCGAUGCAAGAAGCUGUGAUCAAGUUCUUCAAAGAGUACAUUGUCCACCGACACGGGUUGCCCGUCUAUAACCACAGAUCAAGGGACGAUGUUCACAGGAGGCGAUAUAGUUUGAUGAUUGAAGAGAACCCGAGACAAUGGCAUGUGCUUUUAUCAGAAGCAGUUUGGGCGAAUAAAACCAGUCAGAAGUCGGCCACCAGAACUUCGCCUUUCAGAUUGGUGUAUGGUUAUGAUGCGAUGUUGCCAAUGGAACUGACUAUCACGUCUACUCGCCGCAGAUACCAGAACGAAUUAUCAAAGGACGACUACUUCGAUAAAAUGGUGAUAGACGCGUUAGACCUUGACGAAGACCGAUUGACAGCGUUAGAUCACCUUGAAGCUCAGAAAAGAAGAGUCGAAAGGGCUUACAACAAACGGGUAAAACGAAAGACAUUUACGGUGGGCGAUAUAGUAUGGAAGGUAGUCUUGCCUAUCGGCCAUAAAGAUAAUCGGCUCGGCAAAUGGAGCCCGAAUUGGGAAGGCCCCUUUAUUGUGGUCAACAAGUUAACAGGUGGUGCUUACUUGUUGGCGAACGUUGAUGGAGAAGAGCACGACAGGGCGAUCAACGGUCAGUUCCUAAAAAAAUACGUCCCUAGUUGUUGGGAGAAUGUUGACCGACGGCUGUUUGGAGCCAACGAGGAAUAG